AUGUCUUAUGCAAUGGACAAAGCGAUGAUGGCUUUAUCUUUGGAGGAGGAAAACAAGCCUUUUGAUAUGCCGAACCUCCUUCAAUUUAAAUCAUCUGAGAGGAACUCACGAAGCCUCAUCAGACGAAUUCUAAAUCCAGAUAUUCAGAAGAUGUCGGGUCUUAUUCAUGAUAUGCCAAGGAAGUGGCAAAAACAAGGUCGAAUUAGAAAUCUGCCGGUCAACUAUUAUACUAAGGAGGUUAUCACAGAACUGGGAGAAAAAAUCUUAGGUGAAGUCUUGAUGGUGGCUUUUGAUCCAGACAGACCUCAGAUUCAGGACUAUGUCAGAGUCAAAGUUCGUUUUGAUGUUUCAAAACCUUUGAGGAAGACGAAAGUCAUCAACUUACCUGAGGGUGGCUCUGUGGAACUCCGGUUCAAUUAUGAACGAAUUCAAAAGCGGUGCUAUGAAUGCCAGAGAUUGAACCACGAAAGAGAUGUGUGCCCCCUGGUGGUCAAAAAACGUAGAGAUGCUGCAUCAGAGAGAAGAGCAAGGAUUAUCCAGGAGAACAGAAAAAAGGAAUUAAUCAUUGGCGAGGAUGACCCUCUCUUUGGUGUUCUAUCAGAAGACCAAGUGGGGAUUUGCAAGACGACAGGAAGAGAAAAGAUUGCAACGGAGGUGUUGGAUGAAAUGAGGAUGUACUUGCGAAUGGCGUCUGAGGAGGACAAGGCUAUUAAAAUUGAUCGUGUUCGAUCAUCUGUGGCUGACGCAGAAAAGGACCCUAUCACUCAAAAAACAAUGCUGAGACUGGAAGCUGCACCGAUCUUCACUAAUCAAGUUGACAGAGGCAAAGGGAUUGUCUUUGAUCUGGACCUUAAUUCUCCAGCCCAGACAAAGGCAUAA